AUGAAGUUAUCAACUGUUUACACACUCUCUGCUAUCUUCCUGGGUGUGAUGGGAAUGCCACGAGGUAGUCCCCAUCAUUUUGAGAACCAUAAUCUGGCCAGCUCUCGGCGCUCAGCCGGGCCUGUUGCCUGGUACGAUAACAUUCGCAAUGUUACGUGCAGCGGGGAUAAGGGCUCUGGGAAGAUUUUGUGUGUGAAAGGCGUUGAGGACUUUCUGCUGAACGCCCAACUUGAAGUGGAAGGCGACUCCGUCAGUGAGAGCGAUAGUGAAGACUCUAGCGAAGAGGAAGAAGAUGGCAACAACGAAGAGUCUGAGGACAGUGACAGUGACUCCGAAGAAGAAGAAGACGAAGAAGAAGAAAGAAAGAAGAAGAGGAGGAGGAGGAGGAGGAGGUUGUCACUUAGAAACUUUACCUGUCGUACCAUUGAGUCGGGCCCUAUAAAGUGA